AUGGCGAUCUGUACUUAUAACGCACGUACGCUUGCAUCGGAAGCGGCCAUCGAAGAUCUGAUGAUGCAAGCCAAGAAGAUCAAGUACGACGUCAUCGGACUGACCGAGACGAGACGACGUCACCCUCUCAACGCCGUAUAUGAAACUGGAGAAGAACUGUUCUUAGGAACAUGCGACAGUAGAGGUGUUGGUGGAGUUGGCGUCCUCGUCAACACGAGUAUGGCAAAGAACAUCGACUCUUUUGAACAACUUACGACCCGAAUCGGACGUCUGCGGAUGAGAAGAUGUGGCCCAAUACCAGCUUUGACUAUCUUCGUCGUUUACGCUCCAACAUCAAGCUACGAAGAAGAAGAAGUCGAAGCUUUCUAUAUGGACCUGGAGAAGUUCUACCAAGAAGAUCAUGCCUUCUACAAGGUCAUAGUUGGCGAUUUCAACGCUAAGGUUGGCCCAAGAAGAACGCCGGAGGAACUUCACAUCGGGACCCACGGCCUACAAUGGAAUGACCAGGGAGAGAGGCUCGCCGAGUUCAUCAUGACGACUAAGACCAUCCAUGGGAACUCGCAAUUUCAGAAGCCCUCUUCUUUACGCUGGACGUGGGAGUCACCCGGUGGAGGGUACCGUAAUGAAAUAGACCACAUCAUCGUCAAUAAAAGGUUCUGCCUGACGGACGUCGGUGUUGUACCAAAGUUCUAUACGGGAUCGGACCAUCGCCUCCUCCGAGGAAGAUUUCCCUUCACAAGGAGAGCAGAGAAAGCCGCCAAGUUCAGAGAGAGAAAUCCCAGGACUACCAUCAACUGGGAUCUCUUCGCUACGCUGGCCGGCUUUUGGGAAGAUUCUGCAAUGGACAACAUCGACGAGGAAUAUGACCGGCUUGUCGAACACCUUCACGACUGCGCGAAGAAGGCUGAGAGUUUUAAAACCACCAGGAGGCGCCUGUCUCUUGAAACUCUUGAGCUGAUACGCCAGCGUGGAGCAGCACGAGCCGCAGGGAACCAAGAACUCACGUCCGAGCUCGCAAGGCUUUGCCGAGAGGCGAUAAAGGAAGACCUUAAAGAGAGAAGAGCAGAAGUGCUGGCUGAAGCUGCAGAGGCGGGGAAAAGCAUCCGCUAUGCCCGUCGAGACUUCGCCAGUCGCAAGACGAGGAUGACUGCUCUCCGGAACCCAAAGGGAACAGCCAUUGCAUCGAGAAGGGGAAUGGAGAAAAUCAUCUACGACUUCUACUCUGAUCUCUUCGACAGCCAUGUCCACUUGCCUCCUCACCAUCUGAGGGAAGAUGGACAAGUCAUUCCAGAGGUUCUCCCGUCCGCUAUCAUGUCGGUAAGAAAUCGUACGGCACCCGGUCCCGACAGAAUAAGACCAGAACACCUGAAGAGCCUUCCGCCAGUACUCAUCAACACCCUGGCGAGGCUCUUUACACGUUAUCUGUCGGAAUGCAAGGUUCCUAAACAGUGGAAGACCAGUAAGACCGUGUUGUUGUAUAAAAAGGGAGAUCCACAUGACAUCGGCAACUAUCGCCCAAUCUGCCUACUGUCCGUCAUCUACAAGCUCUUUACAAGAGUAAUCCUUAAUAGGAUUGAAAAAGUCUUGGAUGAAGGACAGCCAUGCGAGCAAGCAGGGUUUCGAAAAGGAUUCAGCACGAUUGACCACAUUCACACUGUUUCGAAACUCAUCGAGGUAUCACGAGAGUACAAGAUGCCGCUCUGUCUCACCUUCAUCGACUUAAAGAAGGCUUUCGACUCGGUUGAGACGGAAGCGGUCGUGGAAGCCUUGGACAACCAAGGCGUCCCUACUCAGUAUAUUAAGGUACUUCGAGAGUUGUACAGUAACUUCACGACCGGAAUUUCGCCAUUCUACAAGAACAUCAUCAUUGACGUGAAGAGGGGGGUCCGACAGGGUGAUACAAUUUCACCCAAAAUAUUCACAGCCACCCUCGAGAACGCAAUGCGAAAGUUGGAAUGGGACGACAUGGGAGUGAAGGUUGAUGGUCGGCAGCUACACCAUUUACGCUUUGCUGAUGACAUCGUACUGGUAACACCUAGCAUCAGCCAAGCGGAACGAAUGCUGACCGAAUUCGACGAAACAUGUGGAUGCAUCGGUCUUCAGCUGAAUCUACAAAAGACGAUGUUCAUGCGGAACGGAUGGGUCUCGGAUGCCCCAUUCACGCUCAACGGAACGAACAUAUCCGAAUGCACCAGCUACGUUUAUCUGGGUCGGGAACUGAACAUGAUGAACGACCUGACCCCCGAGCUGGGCAGGAGGAGACGAGCGGCUUGGGGAGCGUACAAGAGCAUCGAGGAUGUAGUGAAGAAGACCAGGAACACUCGGCUCCGUGCUCACCUCUUCAACACCACCGUACUUCCUGCUUUGACCUAUGCUUCGGAAACCUGGGCAUUUCGCAAGCAGGAAGAAAACGCGGUGAGCGUCAUUGAACGCGCAAUUGAGAGAGUGAUGCUAGGAGUAUCCCGUUUCACGCAAGCGAGGGACGGGAUUCGAAGUUCCCUCCUACGUCAGCGAUCGAAGAUUAGAGACGCCGCCGCGUUUGCCAAGGAAAGUAAAAUAAGGUGGGCCGGACACGUGAUGCGCUUUAAUGGCAACCGUUGGACCAGAGCCGUGAGCGACUGGGUUCCCCGCGAUAUUAAGCGCACUACAGGAAGACCGCCGACCCGAUGGUCAGAUUUCUUCACGAAGUCCUUGAAAGAAAAAUAUGAUGCUCUUCGUGUCCCACGCGAAGGGAGGAACCACUGGGCUACUCUGGCACGCGAUCGGGACAAAUGGAAGAAUUACUGGCGCCCGCUCGACCAGUUCGAAGAUCAACGGGAGUCAAGGUGA